GGAGCAAAUCGGGCAAUGAAUUACUAGCUGGUAGCUAGAACACCGAAGUAGCUAGAUAGGCAGCAAAUUAUCGAAUAUAAACCAGGGAGGAGAUUCAGGAGUUAACACCAAGAAAGAGCUCUCGAUAAACUGGUGAAAUAAAUGCCUUUACGCUGAAAAAUGGGUGGAGAUGUGUGUAAAUAGAAGCUAGUAACUUAGCAGGCUGUCAGCGCAAUUUUCAAAGCCAGAUAGGUUUUUUGUUGAUAUCAUUAGCUAAUUGGUUAGUAAUAACAUUAACUAGAAAUGUAUAUAUCGCUUAACCGUGUCAUCUCAUUGUGUUGAUAGCUAGUUAACUAUUUAACUAGCUUGCUAUUAUGACAGUUGAAACAUUGGUAACUAGUUGCGCUUGGAAAUCGAACGAGCAGGCUCUUCAAGAGGAUAGCUUUAGUUAGCCUAAGUUGGCUACGGUCAUUCAAUUAUCCAAAGCUGAUAGUAAACAACGCGUUAUUGUGAAUAGGUAUUGAUUGCAAACCAGUCGACACUUGGCUAACAUCACCGGGAAAUGAAGAAGUUCUUUGAUUCACGCCGGGAACUUGUGAGUUCCGGGCCUGGUUCUGGAGCGGGUGGAGGAGGCACUGGGUCCGGCAGCAGCGGUGGCAGUUUCAUUGGACGGGUAUUCACCAUUGGACGGUAUCAAGUGACCGUUGAUGAAACUGUUGCUGAAGGAGGCUUUGCCAUUGUGUUCCUGGUGCGGACCCACCAGGGGGUCCGCUGUGCCCUGAAGAGAAUGUACGUCAACAGCGAGCAUGACCUGCAUAUCUGCAAGCUAGAGAUCCAGAUCAUGAGGGACCUUGUGGGCCACAGGAACAUUGUGGGUUUCCUGGACUCCAGUAUAACUGCAGUGGGAGCAGGAGAUGUCUGGGAGGUCCUCAUCCUCAUGGAUUUCUGUCGUGGUGGUCAGGUGGUGAACCUGAUGAACCAGCGUCUGCAAACAGGCUUCACUGAGGCAGAGGUGCUGCAGAUCUUCUGUGACACCUGCGAGGCUGUGGCCCGCCUCCACCAGUGCAAGAUGCCAAUCAUCCAUCGAGAUCUCAAGGUGGAGAAUAUCCUGCUCCAUGACCGGGGACACUACGUGCUGUGUGACUUUGGUAGCGCCACCAACCGCUUCCAGGACCCUCAGACAGAGGGCAUUCCACUGGUGGAGGAGGAAAUCAAGAAGUACACUACUCUGUCAUACCGAGCCCCAGAGAUGAUCAACCUUUACAAUGGCAUGGUCAUCACUACAAAGGCAGACAUCUGGGCUAUGGGCUGCCUACUGUAUAAACUGUGCUACUUCACCCUGCCAUUUGGGGAGAGCCAGGUGGCCAUCUGUGACGGCAGCUUCACUAUACCAGACAACUCCCGCUAUUCCCCGGACAUGCACUGCCUCAUCAGAUACAUGCUGGAGCCUGACCCAGAGAAGAGACCAGAUAUCUACCAAGUGUCCUACUUCUCCUUCAGGCUGGCCCGUAUCGAAUGCCCCAUCCAGAACAUACAUAACUCUCCCAUUCCUACAAAACUCCCUGAACCAAUCAGAGCCAGCGAAGCUGUGGCCAAAAAGAGUCAAUCCAAAGCCAGGCUCUCAGACCCUGUCCCCACAAUGGAGACGUCCAUCGCGCCCCGUUCACGCCCCAAAGCUGGAGGGGCACAGUCCAUAGGCAUCCUGCCCAUCCAGCCGGCCCUCACCCCACGCAAGAGACCCAACAUGGCUGCAGGAGGGCCCCAGCCCAUAGGUGUUUUAGGCACCGCCCAGCCUGCAGUUGCUGUCCAAUUAGUCCAGCAGGCCACACCCCCACUGGCUCAGACCGCCCCUUCGCAGCCCAUGGCCACGCCCCAGCAUCAGCAGGGUCUCUUCAUGAAGCAGCAGGCUGCAGCCUUCUUCAGCCCACAGCAGCAGACCAACCAGACCCUUUCUCUCGCUCUCUCCUCCCAGCAUCUGGCUCCUGGACGUGGGCUCCACAAGGUUGGCUCCCUGACGCCCCCCUCCUCCCCAAAGAUGCCCCCCCGAGGCAGUCACAGACGCAUCCUGAGCGACGUCACCCACAGUGCUGUGUUUGGGGUCCCAAUCAGCAAGUCAACCCAGCUACUGCAGGCGGCUGCAGCCGAGGCCAGCCUCAACAAGUCCAAGUCAGCCAGCACCACCCCCUCUGGCUCCCCCUGCUCCUCCCAGCAGAGUGUGUACCAGCCAGGGGAGGGUGGUGCCCAGACAGCCCCCUCUGUACCCACUGGCAGCUGGAACCCUUUUGGUGAUGACAACUUCUCCAAGCUCUCUGCAGAGGAGCUGCUCAACAAGGACUUUGCCAAGCUGGCCGAGACUACAACAGGGGAGAGGGCCGGCCUCUCCACAGAGAACCUCAUCUCAGGGCUGCAGCCUGUCUCUGCUGCUGGGGCCACAUGCAAGGCUUUCCCAGCAGUGAAGGCUGAGAUGUGUGUGGACUCUCUCAUCCCGGGCCUGGAUACAGUCUCAGCCAGCCUGCCAGAUCCUCUGGCUGGAGAGGACUCUCUGCUGGGCUGCUCUCUGCUGUCUCACACCUCCACCCCUGGGGAUCAAACUGUCUGUGCACCACCCUCCUCCUGCUCCUCUGCCCCUCCUGGCUCUGCUUCCUGUCUGGACAAGCUAGCUCCAGUCUCAUUUGGCACUGCCCAGACAUCUGCUGAGCUGAAAGAGGAGAGUAAAAGCCACGCUGUGCUAGACAAGGGGAGGUCAAAGUUUGAGCUGCCUGAAGAAGGCCACAGAGCAGACAAGGGCUGUGUCCACUCCAGCGAUGAGGAAUUUGAGGAGGAAGACAAGAGAAAGGAGGUGCAAUGCAGGAGGGCCAGUGAGAGUGAUGAGGUGGUCCAUGACUGCAGUGGUUCCAGACCUUUGCUGCUGGAUUCAGAUGAAGAGGAGGAGCAGGGGUCUGAAUUACCCCUCCCACCCUCCCAGCCACGCCUAUCACACCCACAACUCUCCACUCCCUCCAACCAACCUACCCCAGGCCCACAUGUCCCAUGCCAGAAUAAUUCCCACCAGAUGCCCCAGAAAGCCAGGGGGGGUGAGGUUGUCCCUGAUGUCUUCUCCAAAGCCCCCUUCAGGGUUGGACAGGAAGAGGCAGGCGAUGUGUUCGCAAAUGCCCCGUUCCCACGUCCCCUUGUUGUGACUCAACAGCAUCCAGAUGUCUUCCUGCAGGCCCCCUUUGUGAAGCCCAAGACCCUGCACCCUCACCCAGCUGUGCUUUACCCUGUGGCCCCUGAACCAGCCCUCUUGAGCCAGGUGGCCCCGCAGCCUUUCCGCCCACAGGCCCUGGCCAAGUACUCCCGACACUUUCAAGGCCCAUUGCCUCAGCAGCCUGUGACAGCUCAGAGGGUGUUGUCCAGCAUGAGCAGGCAGACUGCUGUGAGCUCAGUACCCGUGGGACCCUUACACUCCUGGACUUCAGAGGUGAGUGCAGUAGACCCCUUUGUCUCUGCGCCCUUUCACCUCAAGGCCCCGCAAGAAAAGCCCUGAAAGCUCCCAUCCUUCCCUACAAAGCAGGGGAGCCAGCAUUGGAGGCCACACCUGUGCACACUACACUAAAGCAUACACACUGCAUGCUGUCACCAGCACCGGGGCUGGACUGCAGGGUGGCAUAGAACUCUUAAGAUCUUAUCCUUUACAAACUCGGAAAGGUCUUGAAAUUGCGCAAGGUCAUCAAUGCACUUUUUUGCUGCAGUAGAAUAGAGGUUCCAGUCAGUCCCAGUUAUCCCUGUGCUGGUAGCUGUCAUAUCCUUUGGUAUGCACAGAGGAUAUGGCAGUUGUUUUUUUCUGCCUACCUCAGUUUGCCCUCAGCUUUUCCAUCGGAGCGAAAACAUUGCUCAAUUUAGAGAGCUUCUUGUCGGGGGCCAGUGUUGGAGGUUUAGAUACAGACAGGACACACACAUCCCCCGUUCUAGGCUUUACCGCUUAAUGAAAUUUGACCCUCUGCUCCUUCACUCAGUUCAUUAUCCAUUGCUCUGUAAGGUCCAAUAAGUAUUCCCAUGACAGCCCUGAUCUCUCAGGGUGAUGAUGUCACUACUCAUCCAGGGGUUAUCCUCUCACAGGGGCCCAAGAAAGGCCUCCUAUAUUGGUUCCUCUACAUGUCUUAUAUACUUCUGUUGUUUUGGAAGUUAUCUGAUGACCAUUUUAGCCUAUUUAGUGGUGUAUACUUUUUACGAGGUAGGUUAAUGUACAUCUGGCGGUGCUGUCAUAUUUGAUCAUUUAUAAUAUUAAUCCGAUGCUGGAUUAUGUUGCACAUGUCAAACUAUAAUGCAUUAUGAGUUGACAUUUUAGCCUUUGUUUUGAUCCAAUCCUUCUUAUUCACUUGUGUUUAUGGUCACCUGACUCACAGUGCUGCUAAAGUCAGCCUACGGCAUCUGUCACUUACUGUACAUGCAGGGCAUAUAGUACAGAGCGUACCUUACUGAGGUCAAAGGUCAGAGUUUCACCUUAAACCUGUCAUCACUUGUGGGUGCCUCUGCUGUAUGUAAUUUGGUGUUAGUUGACUUUAAUUUUGAACUGAGCAGGUUGUUAAUGUUGUAGCAGAGACGCCUUAUAGAAGUCCUCAAAUCUCACGACCAGCACUGUUGGCAAAGUCCCAGUCAGCACCUCCACUACACUCCGUCAGCAUCUACUGUUAAUGCUAUGUAACUCUAUGCACUCACAUUCCACACCUGCUCAUUCAAUAAUUUUCUUAAUUAGCAAGCCUACAUUCUACCUGCACUCGAUUCAAUAAGAUUUGGAGACCUUUACAAUCAGCAACCAAUUCUACCUUUACAAAUCAGCACCCCCUGUCAGAACAUAUCAGAAUAACUAAAACCCUUGUGAAGCACCUCAAGCAAAACACACAACUUUCACCUGUGGCAAGUCAGACACACACUUACCUACACAUGCUCAAAAGACACAAUUCCAAGUAAAGGGUCAACACAUGGUUUCAUCAUAAACCCAUAAGUGUUAAGCUUUCGCACUUCUACACCAGAUUUUGCAUUCCUUUUUUUAUAGCCAUAUGAAAUGCUGAUAUGGUAUUCCACUGACUAUUGUAGAGUCUUGAAGCACUUUUCAAUGUUUGCGAUCCAUUACAUUACCUAGUGAUGGUGUGGACCAAUACAGACUUUCUCAGCUACUUGAUCCAAAGUAAGAAUCCCCGUCUUAAAACGAGAAAUUAUUCUGAUUUGCUUUUUGUCAUUUGUGAUUACUCUUUGUAUAACAUGUUAAUUCAUCUGCCGUGCAAAUGAAGACUGAACACCAUCAGCAGCAAUGAUAAUGUACUCUACAAUUACAUGUGUUGAGGUGACAGCUUUCUGAAGUUGUUGAAAUAGUUUCUUUGUAGGUCCUUUCCUGGAAAACUUAAGCAGCAUUUUUGUUUGAUUUGUCUGACUGUAAUAUGUUGUGUUGUAAAGUGUGGUGGCUGAUUCUACAGCAAGCCUCACCUGCUGAACCCUAAAGGCACCCAUAUCAAAAUACUUGAGUCAUGCAAAGCUUGCCGUUCAACACCAUCAUAUCUUGUAUGUUCUUACGUAAAGAUGAAGAUAAAUAAAUGUAUGCA